AUGGCGCUACAUUUGGAGUCAUCAGCAGAGAAAGCCUAUAGUCGGAAGAUUCUCCAGGCCGUGGUUGCUCACGCUGUCUCUGAAAACUUUCCCUCUUCCUCUCUGCAGGAGAAACUGAAGCCUGGCUACUUGGAGCAGUUGCCUGGGAAGCUGAAGCUGUUCUCUCAGUUCCUGGGGAAGAGGAAGUGGUUUGCUGGGGAGAAGAUCACUUUUGUUGACUUUGUCAUGUACGACAUCCUGGACCAGAAUCGCAUGUUUGAGCCCAAGUGCCUGGAUCAGUUCCAAAACCUGAAGGAUUUUCUUGACCGCUUUGAGGUGAGGUUUGCCCUGACUCCUGUAAUGCACUGCUCUGGUUAUCCAGGGACAACCCAGCUGCAAACAUUAACUCCUUUGCAGAGAACUGGGCAACAGGCAAAGAAUUUCAUUUGCUAACAGAUACAGCAGCUGCCAGAGCUAUUGCUAACAAGUACUUGUUAGUGCUUCUGGUGGUAAUGGAGAUGUCAGACUGCCCCCCUCUGGCACCAGUAGGGCAGACAACUCUGGAGGGAGUGAAGUCUUCUUUGC